ACUGAUGGCUUGCUGACCGGGAUGAAUCCGAACUGUUUCAAAGGCCAGAAAGAAACAGCGCCCAGCGCGGUGGUUGUAUCAGUAAGACGUGGACACCUGGUACUUUGUUCAGGACACAGUGAUCCAAGGUCUGUCUAUGGUCAUCGGUCGGUGGUGACGCUGGAAGGUCACGUGAGGUUCACGGUCCCUUAUCUCCGACUGCCCUGCCACAGGGAAGUCCUUCACCAUGGAGCAACUGAGCGCAGCAAACUCCCGUUUCGCCUUGGACCUGUUCCAGACACUGAAUAAAAACAACCCUACCGGGAACAUCUUCAUCUCUCCCUUCAGCAUUUCAUCGGCCAUGGCCAUGAUCUUCCUGGGGACCAGAGGCAAAACCUCCACACAGCUCUCCAAGACUCUUCACUUCGAUACGGUUGAGGACAUUCAUUCAAGAUUUCAGAGUCUGAACGCUGAUAUCAACAAACGUGGAGCACCCUACAUUCUGAAGCUCGCUAACAGGUUAUAUGGAGAGAAAACCUACGAGUUCCUCCCCGAGUUCUUGGCUUCAACUCAGAAGAUGUACGGAGCUGAACUGGCCAGUGUGGAUUUCCAGCACGCCUCUGAAGAGGCCAGGAAGGCCAUAAACCAGUGGGUCAAAGGGCAGACAGAAGGGAAGAUUCCAGAACUGCUGGCUGCAGGUGUGGUUGAUAAUUUGACUAAACUUGUGCUAGUGAAUGCCAUAUACUUCAAGGGAAAUUGGCAGGAGAAAUUCAUGAAGGAGGCCACAACCGACGUGCCAUUCAGGCUGAAUAAGAAAGACAAGAAAACAGUGAAAAUGAUGUAUCAGAAGAAAAAGUUUCCAUAUGGCUACAUCGAAGACCUUAAGUGCCGUGUGCUGGAGCUGCCUUACCAAGGCAAGGAGCUCAGCAUGCUCAUCCUGCUGCCAGACGAAAUUGAGGAUGAGUUCACGGGUCUGAAGAAGAUCGAAGAACAAUUGACUUUGGAGAAACUACGGGAAUGGACCAAACCUGCAAAUCUGAGUAACAUUGAAGUCCACGUCAGCUUGCCCAAGUUCAAACUAGAAGAGAAUUACAUCCUGAACCCCCACCUAAGCCAGCUGGGUGUGCAGGAUCUCUUUGACAGAAGUAAGGCUGAUCUGUCUGGCAUUUCAGGAGCCAGAGAUCUUUUCAUAUCAAAAAUUGUCCACAAGUCCUUCGUGGAAGUGAACGAAGAGGGGACAGAGGCGGCCGCUGCGACAGCAGGCAUUGCCACCUUCGCCAUGUUGAUGCCGGAGGAGACUUUCCUGGCCGACCACCCAUUCUGUUUCUUUAUUCGGCACAACCCCACAGCUAACAUCCUGUUCCUGGGCAGACUUACUUCUCCAUAGAGGAAAGAGACUAUGGGAAUCCAAGCUUAAGCUUAAAGCUGUAUCGCCUGAAUUUUUAAUGGUGACGCUUUUUAUACAUCUUUAGCAAUAAAACUGCUAUGCAGAAAUGGAUUUUUAAUUUCCUUUGUAUGUUCAGCCCUGUUGGCUGUUAGCACUCAUACAUUUUGGUGCAGGGAUCUCUUUUCCUUUUUCUUUCAUUGAAAAAUAUCAAGUGAUUGCUUUUGAAUGUAACAAGAAACAAAAAGAAAUCAGAUGUGUAGAUUCUUUUCUUUUCUAUCUUCUUUCUUUCUUUUUUUUUCUUUGCUA